AUGGUCGUGAAUCCGCUAACGAACAUCAGAAACCAGAACAAGCUCAACGAGAGGGAGCUCAAAUUUGGUAUUGCUGGUGACUUAGGAAAGUCCUGGCACCAGAGCUAUAAGGAUUCUGCGUGGAUCUACAUCGGGGAAUUGCCGUAUGACCUCACAGAAGGCGACAUAAUCACCGUCUUUUCACAGUAUGUCGAUGGUCUUAUUCCUGGUCAUAGUGUUGCUCAGGAGUUUCCUAGAUAG